ACAAGGUUGAUGCAGAUCCUUUUGUUCCAAUUGUAAUCGGUGAAGGAAAACAGAGGACUGCUUUGGAAUCAUUACACAGUUUAGCAGCUGAGAAAGAUGCAGUCAGUGAAGGAGAAGAUUAGCAACAUGGCCGGUAGCGCCAAGGAGCACAUGAACAUCGGCAAAACGGAGGAAGCUGCGGCUAGGACAGAAGGAGAGAAGAGGUUGGCUAAUGAGCGUAAGAAAGCCAAGGAAGCUCGAGCAGAGAUGGAGUUGCAUCAGGAUAAGGUCAGGCACGCAGAGGAGAGAUUGAGGGCUAAACUACCGCAAUAUCUCCAUGGCUAUGGCUACGACCAUGAGCCACCAGUCGCAGGCACUCAUGGACACCAGACUGUCGGGACAGCAGCUCCAGUGCCUGGAACUAAUGUUCCUACGUAUCCUCUUGCAGGGCAACAAACCCCCCCCUCAUGGCCAUAAGAUGGGUUAAUAAGGUUUGUCAUGGGACAGUUUAUACACAAAA